UGUUGCCAUCAGGUUCAGUUGCCUUUGGUAAAUCAUGCUGCUUUGACCUGACUUCAACCAGACAGAGCAGUGAAUGGAUCACACACCUUGAUCGAGACUUAAUACCAUCGAAAGAUCAUGAGCUGGAAGAGUUGUUUUUUACUCGUGGGCCUUCUGUGGAUUCAUCCAGUUUCCAUGGGCUGCAAAAAAAAGUUACAAAAUUGCUUUGAGAAGAACACAGAAAGAGAAUCAAAGACGUAUUUUGUUGUUGGUGACAGCUUCAAUGGUUUCACCAAAGGAAAAUCCAAUUUGAAUGAAGACCAUUGCCCUGUAUUUCGGAACAUUUCUGAAAGCAACACUACAACAAAAGACCAUAGCAUUUUAUUUCUGAACAUUUCUGAAAGCAUCACUACAACAAAAGAUUUUGGGGAGAAAUGUCCCCGAAUGGUUAAACAUGAAGGUUCUGUUCUACUGCAAAUCUUAAAAUGGCAUACCAACAGGAAAUACCAUCUGUAUGUCUUAACAGGGCAGAGGCAGUGCAACACUACAAUUCAAAUUACGAGAGAAUGCGUCUACAAUCACACUGGCAAAGGACCUUGCCAGGUUAGAUGUUUGCAGACAAAUGACAUAUGUAAAAAAUCCAAAUAUAAUGAAGUGGUCUGCGGCCAAAUAAUUACCGAUGAAAAAGUCAGGAACAGAUACAUGAUCAACCUCACACACUCAACCAGUAAUUGCAUCAAUUGUGAUUAUCCAGUGAAAAAACCUGAGAGACAGACGAAAUGGAACAACACUGUAAUUGAACCAGAUGGAAUAUUCGAGGCUGCCAAGGCUGUAGAUUUCAUGAACCAAGUGGCCAAGUACACCACCUCCCUCGACGAGUAUUCUGUUGAAGUAUCUGUGACAGAAGACAUUUCGGGAAUCAUCAUAAAGCAACCGGAGCCCGAGGACAGAGAUGACGUCGGCAUCGCUUAUAAUUCCCCAAAUGACCGCAUGAAUGUAUUACAAGAACUAGAUGCUUUGGUCACAUUUUCCAGAUCUUUGUCAUUGCCAAAGGAAGCGUUUGAAAUGGCUGCUCCUUUCCAAAAGGCACCAUUUGUAGCUUUUUUCCGAUUCAACAAUCUGGCUUCGGAUGAGCUCAACAGCACUGUUUACGGCAAUGAAGUCCUAGGAGUUGACAUGGGAACCAAUAUCACCAAUCUCACAAGCCCAAUUCGCAUCAGGUUUCAGAACCUUACCUACGAAGGAUAUCCCACUUGUCGAUCUUGGAAUGGUGAAGGAAGCCGACCAAACUGGACCGAUGAAGGAUGUAAGACAGUUGUAAAGGGGAACAACACCGAAUGCCUGUGUACUCAUUUGACAUUCUUUGCUUUAUUGUUGACUCCUCCUAAUGUGACCAUAUCUAGUUCUCACCUGAACACCCUCACCACGAUCACCCAGAUCGGCUGUGGCUUUUCCAUGUUCUUCCUCUCCAUAGUCCUCUUCAUGCACUGUCUUAUGAGGAAAACCAAGGGCAGUAUGUCCACGAGGAUUCUCAUCUGCCUGGUUGUUGCCAUGUUCCUGCUGAAUUUCUCCUUCCUCGUCAACAACUAUGUGGCCAAAGCUGGAAACACUGUGGGGUGUAAGAUCAUGGCGGCUCUCAUGCACUACUCCAUGUUGGCUACGUUCACUUGGUUCGCUGUGCAGGCGUUCCACCUCUGCCUGCAGCUGCACGUCGGAGGCAAGGUUGAGAUCCGUCACUACAUACUCAAAGUCUCCAUCAUCAGCUGGGUACUACCGGCUGUGGUUGUGACUGUCGUGUUGAUCUUAGGAAAAUAUGGUGAACAAGUCAUCUACACUGAUAACCCUGAUCAGAACGUGGCCAUGUGCUGGAUAACACACACUGACGUGCACUACAUCGUCAACAUAGGCUACUAUGCCUUGGUCUUCCUCUUCACAUUCAUCACCUUCAUCGUCAUGAUGGUCUGGCUCUUUUUUCUCAAGGCAAAAGGAAAUCAAUCGGGAUCGAAUCGCCAAAGUAUUGGGGUCAUUCUGGGACUGUGUUGCGUGCUAGGUAUCAGUUGGGGUUUUGCCUUCUUUGCAUACGGUGCUCAGAUCCCCGCCUACUACAUUUUCACCAUCCUCAAUUCUUUCCAAGGCUUCUUCCUGUUCAUCUACUAUUAUAGGACCAGCCACUCUGGAGAGACAACCGGUGGCGUGAGCUCAAACUCAACCAGCAGCAGCAGCACUCUCAAAAGCAACCUGGACAUCUGGGAAAACCCCUACAACAACAAACCAGAGAAAGAAUAAAUAAAACCCUGAAAGAGAAACGGGAACUUGAGAGGGAUGACGAUUGUGAGCUAAAUGUGGCCCUUUUGGGUUUUCCCUUAAUAAACAGUAGGUUAGUGUGCCUGUAGAGGGUGAAAAUAGGUGAUGCAGCACAGGCGGCAUGAGAAAAAUGAAGCUCUUUUAACAUUAAAGCGUGAAACAGUAGAGGCUCAGAAGACAAAUGUCAACCUGAAAAUUAGCAUGUUAACAUAAUAAGAGACUAAACGCAUUUAUGAAACUGCAAUAGGCACUUUUUAUUACAUAUUGUUAGUCAGUGGGUUUUUUAAUUGUUUUACAAAUAUAUUUAAUACUAAUCAUAUCUUUUGUUUAUCCAAGAACUACAACUAGGUUAUUGUAAAUAAGGUGAAAACAACUCUUCUUUAUCUUUAUACGUUUAGGAGGCUUCUGAUCUUUAACUCAUUAAGAUACAAUUAUCUUUAGUUGGUGAUAUACUGGAAAAGAAAAUCCUCUUAAAUGCUACUGGUAAUUGUAAAUACUGGAAGGUGAUUUUACUUUAGUUUGUGUUUAUCUAAAUGUUUUUAUUGUCUUUUAUUCUAAAACGGAGCAACUGUUACAAAAUCCAAUUUCUCCCCGGGGUUAGCGUUCUGAAAAAAAGAAGAAAAUGUGUUUAUUAUAUGCAUAGAGGUAAUACUUUAUUCAAACUGUCACAACAACAAUAAAACAUACAUCAAUAUACACCUUUUUCUUCACUUUAAGUUGGGGAAAUGAUCCAACUUUUAUAACAGGAAAGCGUCCGCUUCCUUAAGAGUCUUUUCAAUUUCAGCCGCCUCCAGAGAAAAGACCUCCCGUUCCUGCAUCAUGUCUUCCCGUGCUUUGGUGAGAUCUGUCACUGUUGUUUGGAUUUCCUGUAAGCGUGUAAAACGAUGAAGAUUUAAAAAGCUAUUCCUUAAAUCUAAUACGACAAAUAGCAAUGUUCAUCACAGAGGAGUUUGACUCACCUCUAGCCGGGCACGUUGCUGGGAUGCAGUGUCUCCGAACACCUUUAAUUCAUUCAGCAGGUUUGUGGAAACACUCUGAAAAGGAGACAAUGGCACUGUAGAUGAUAACCAAAAUUCUGUAACCCUUUUAUGUAGGAUAAUAGUUUACUGCCAGUUUCAAUUAUUUUAAAAAAGGGUAACAUUUUUGUUCACUUUAAUUGUGUUUUUUGAGGAAUAUAACUAGUGUAUAUGUUCAUGUAUUUUGUGUGAGUUUGAUGAAUGUCUGAUAAACGUAUGACAAAAAAUAAACGACUGUACCUAUAUUCAAACUGAAAUUAAAUAUACAUACCAUAA